UUAGAAAACGAAGCGAUUAAAGCUACGAAUCUUUCUUCCUUAUUCCACCCAUAUAUACCAGCUUCCAAAGAACCUUAAUUCCAAAUUUCACUGUUUUCUUCUUCUUCCUUUCCAUUUUUAUUUCUUGAUCACUGCAUUUUCUUGGAUUCCACCAUGACCAUGGUGUCGGUCCUUCCGUUAAAGAAAAGAAAGCCGAUAAUACAAACCGUCAAAUGCAGCCUCGCACGACGGAAGGCUGCACCAUUUUCAAAAUCUUUAACCAAUGCAACAAACCAAAAGAAUAAAACCACUGUCACCGAAGAAUUCAAAACAGGUUUGCACAUUGUAAUUUACAGAGCCGAAGGCAUUGACAAAUGUGAAGAGACUCACACCAAGGUUGCUCAAGGUAUCAAGAACAGAGGUUACAAUGUGGUGCAUUGGAUAAAACCCGGUGAAGAACUUCAUACAAAGGUUGUUGAAGGUGUUACCCCUGAAUGGAAUCAAAGUGGCUUUAUCAUGUUAGAGAAUCUUGAUGACGAUGUUUUUCUGAAUGUUGAGGUACAGAGGUUUAAUUCUUUGGCCGAUCCUGGAUCUUCCAGUGGUAAAGUUGUGGUGGGGAGAGUGAAGAUUCCGAUUCCGGUGGCAUAUAAUCGACGAAAAGUGGGUUCGUUUCCUCUGCUUAGAAGGGAUGGAAAUUGCCAUAGGCUUGAAGGGCGUGUUCUACUUUCAAUGAGACUUCAGAGAAUCAAGCCUGACUCACCUUCUCAAUUUUGUGCUGAUGACCUGUUUUUUGAUGAUGAUGUUGUAGUUUAAUGAAACAUAGUUCUUUUUAGUUUUCUGUUAUUACUCUUCUAUGAUACUUGUUGGUUGAAUCAAAUGUGUAUUGAUGUGUUUUGCUUGUGUUA